CUCAAACAAUCAAUUGCAGUUGAGAUUGUGGGUGCACCCAACACCAUUCUUGGUGAAGGCUUGAAGGAAUUUGCUGGAACUUUGAAACCAAAUCGUUCCCACAUCAAUUGGAUUCUCUACGCACACGUUCAACAUGCUUGGUGGUUUUCAUUCACAUCAAUAAAUUUGCGUCUUUCAAUUGCUUUUCUUUUUUUAUUAGAAAGUAGAACAAAUAUGGUAUAAUGAUGAUAUGGGGAAAAUCACUGGUAAAUGGGAAAUUAAUUUAGAAGUGUAAGAAUUUGGAAAUAAGUUUUUUUAAUCAUUGUUGUUACUUGUAAAACCGUCGCGUCACUUUCUUGUACGGUUUCCCUCUGGAGUUCCUGAGAAACAAACAAAGCUUGCCUAUCAGAACUCUCCGGUUGUUAAUUUUUCUCCAAUCAAACAGCUGUUUAGAUAUCUGUCCCUGGGUCUAUCCAGUUGCCUCAUUUUUAGAAAAAAAUAAAAAAGAAAAGGAAAAAAAUACUUCUUAGUAUCUGAAAUCUGUUUAAUUUUUCUUCAGAUUAGAGGGUUUAGAAAUUUUCAUUUUCCAAUUUCCAUAGGAUUUUGUCUCAGAAAAAAAAUGAUGGGAAGGCAACAGCAAAAUCACCGACACCGGGAUCAGCAGUCAAGGGUUUUCUACGAGCUGUCGGCGCUGGUUCUGAAUCUUCUACGAUAUCCGCCGACGCCGAUGCCUUUCGAAGACCAAUCACGGGCGCCGGCGAGGAGGACUCAUCCCCCAGUGACAUCGACAAAGACAACGAUAACGCCGGCGGGAUUCGCUUGGCUGAUGCUAGGGAUAUCGGUUUCCUUGAUACUGUGCGGAUCUGUAACUUUUUUCAUAGGGUUCAUGUUGAUGCCUUGGGUUCUUGGUUUGGUCAUGGUUUUUUACGUUGCCGGGAUUGUUUCCACGGUUUCCAUGUUAGGUCGUUCUAUUCUUUGUUACGCCAUGGCCCCUCCUUCGCCGCCAAAGGAUAUUCCCGGAACUAAAUCUCAUCUGUUUCAUUUCCUGCAUUUUUUGGCAAUACAUGUGAUCUAUCAGUCUUAGCUAAAUGCUUGUUCACCUGUUCUGCUAAAAUUUAGCAUCGGAUAUUUUAGAAUGGAGGGUCGUUGCUGUUACUAAAGUAAUGAUGAACUUUAUUUUGAGAGGUGAGCAUCAAUCAUAGGAAAAGGAAAUUUGCAGAUUACCCGUGGCAAUUAAGAAACUAGGAGACAGGCUUAAUCACUACUCUCUUUCAGGUGGUUGUUUUUUUUUUAAUCCUUAUAACAACAGGUAACUAAACCUUUUAUUGGCUGAAAUAUCAUGAUUGACAGGAUUUUGGAAGCUCCCUUAAGACCUGACUAUUCUUCUGUAUGUUAUAUGUGGAAUAUUUAGAAACACUUUCAAAUAUGUUGUUUGUUUACUCUUCAGCAAAAUAUGCUUUCCAGUUUGUCCGAUCUUUAUUUAACUUUAUCCAUUGAUCUUUGGUGCAUGCUUCUUGUGAACCUUUUAUGCAAUCAAAUGGUGAAUUUGUUCUUCCUAUGAUACUGAAAAACUUUGUUAAGAGUCAAAGUAUGUGUAAGAAUGAAUUAAAUUGGUUCACAUUAAGUUUUCUUUUAGAAAAUCUCCUUUUUUUUUCUGUACUUUGUUGGUUAGAAAUGUAAUGAAGCGCAAUCAUUGAUAUUAUGGGUUUAGCAAGUAAAAGAUAUGACAAAUUGCUGAUUGAUGGGUUUCUUUUACAAGUGGAGGAAUAAGCCAAUAAGUCAAUAAUAAGUAGUGACUUGUCUAAACGGUUUUCGGUUGAUCAAAUUUGCGUGAAGUUUUGAAACAGACUGGCUCAGUUUGACUUUUUAUUUGAGAUUUGGAUCUAACUCAAGAGAUAAAUUGAUCUUGAGGUUGAAUAAUAUGAAUCUGUUUUGAAACAGACUGUCUCAGUUUGACUUUUUGUUUGAGAAUUGGAUCUAACUCAAGAGAUAAAUUGAUCUUGAGGCUGAAUUGUUAAGGUUCUAGUAGGUUCAUGAUUUCAUAUUGUUGACCUUUUUUGCAGUAAAUAAUUUAAUAUGUUGUAUCUGACAUCUCUGCUCUUCAGUAUUCAUUUGUCAUCAGUUAUGUUUUGCAUGGUACAACAAGUUUUCAAAUGCUUGUGAAGAAACAACAGAUUUUUGUUUGGGCAGCUAAUUUUAUCCUUGUUUGCAUGAAAUGAAACAUGGUCGUCCGUAGUUGAACAGACUGCUUUUUUGUUUAUUUUUUCCCUUUUUCUUCAAUCAAUUAAAUAUGCGUAACAAUUACGAGAUUGCUGAUGUGCUCUUUUCAAAAUGAUUCG